AAAAAAAGGGAGGAAAUGAUAUAUUAUCUUAAUUCCCUGUGUGGGCAUGAUACAGCGGCAGCUCCCAGUUCUGUGGCAGUUGCACAGAGAUACAAGAAGAGAUUGGAAAUCAUUUUAAAAACCAUCGCAAACAAAGUUUUUUCAUCUGUGAAUGACCUGUCCUUGAAAUGUACACAAAUGCAGCAUAUAAUGAUCUGGUACCCACUGAGCUGUUCUUACUCUGUUCACUGUGUAUGGUUACACCAUAUAAAAAGAUUCUGGCUGGCAAAAGAAAAAAUUAUGUAUGAAAAAGAAGCAAAACAGCAAGAAGAAAAGAUUGAAAAAAUGAAAGCUGAAGCCUGCGAUGAUUAUGGAAUUAAGAAGCAGAUUGAGAUCUUACAAGAAUCACGAAUGAUGAUUCCGGACUGCCAGCGCAGACUAGAAGUUGCACAUGCAGAGCUUACUCAACUACUAGAAAAUGAAAAAGAAUUGGAAGAAGCUGAAGAGUAUAAAGAAGCACGUUCCAUACUGGAGUCAGUGAAGCUGGAAGCCUAGCUAUUUUCCAGUUCUUUCUUUAUAUGCAUUAGCACGGGGUCCAUUCCACAGUUUCAUUUGACUAUGGCUCUACUACUAUUGUUGACUUGCUAAAGUUCCCUUUAUGCAAACUGAGCUUUCUCUAACUGCAAGGUGCAUCAGGUAAAGAAUGUUCUGAAACAUUUGUGUGUUCCAUAUUCAGGCAAAAUAGGUAUAUUUGCAGUUCACCUCAACAAAAAGGAAAAAAAAAAAGGAAAAAAAACCCCCAUUUUAAAGGAAGUGUAAUAGUUGAUAUAGAGAAUUUUAAUCUGAACCAUUCAGGCUAAGAAAUAAAGUUUGACUAUGUAAGGGACCAGUAAAUACUUCUUAGAAUGAAAUAGCAUUAUAAAAUGGUUUAGGUUGGAAAGGUUCCAUCUAGUUCCAACCCCCUGACAGGGGUUUCAGAAGCACCUUACUACAUUUGAAAUAAUUUCCAGCCAUUACAGUACAAAAAUCUGUACUGAAAGAGAAAGUAGACCUAAUAAUCCUUCCCAGUCACCUACAUUUUUUCUACAGUGCAAUUUUUCUGUAGUUUUAUCAAGUAUGUAGUCCUUGUUUAUCUUUGAGUCCAGGACAAAAGCUGACUCCAGAUCUUUCUCAAUGUGCACGGCACUGAGUCGUAGAGCCCAAUUCAUACAACUUCCAUGGAUCAAAAUUCUUUUACUUUUCAGGAAACAGAAUUUAGCAGGUGAUUAGUAUAUUGUGAGUUGCAUCUGCUAAUAAGAGUUCUGGGCUGAAUGCUUUUCUUGAAAGCACUUUGGCCUAAGUGAUAUUUUUUUUAAACAAAGUUUAAACCACCGAACAUGAAAGAGAGCUAAUGGGUAAGGGAACAACACUCAGUCUGCCUGGUAGACCAUUAAAACAUUAUGUACAAAAGCUAUGGUUUUUUCCAAGUAGCUUAUCUAAAGCAAAUAGUAUGUUCUGUUGAUAAACAAGAAAGCUUUUUACAUUAGUUUUUCUAGUUUCAAAGUGUUCUGGCAUGUUUCUUAAAGGCAACACAAAGCACAGUGUACCUUUUGUGUGGUGCUAAAUUGAAUACUCAAUAAAAUUAUUUGUUAAUUUGCCUGA